AUGACGAGGGCAACGAAACGUCAGCGGUUGGAGGACAAUGAAACCGCGAAAGAGGAGGUAAACAGUUUGCCGGCGACCGGAGGCGAGAAGGAAGAGUCCAUGGUAGGAAAGAUGCAGCUAAAACGUGCGACGACGGACAAGCGAAUGACAAAUCGACAGAAAUGUCUGGUUCUGGGCUCACGCAACAUAUCCGGUAAGAAUCGUCAUUUGCUCAAUGACAUUCGUGGCCUGAUGCCGCACGCGCGAGAACAUUCCAAGAUUGCUCAGACGCAAAAACUUGGGGAUGAUUUGGUUGAGCUCUGCUCGCUGCAUCAAUGUAAUAGUUCCCUUUUAAUUGAGGCUCAUCGACAUGAUAUUAGUUACAUGUGGAUUACCCAGGCCCCACACGGCCCUAGUGUAAAGCUGCAAUUAACGAAUGUGCACACCGCCGAUGAACUUCGUAUGGCUGGAAAUUGUUUGAAGUACAGUCGUCCUCUCAUCCACUUUGACCGGGAAUUCGAGACACAGCCUCACCUAGCGGGUGGUAAAGUCGCUACUUCAGAUGACGUUUAA